CGCGCACGAGCCCGGCCGCGCGCACAAGUCUCGGCCGCGCGCAGCCGCGGCUGCCCGCGUAGCCUCCCUGAUCUGCUGUCGCGGGCGCUCCCGACUCGGCGCCGCGGGAGGGAGCGGUCAGUGGGCCCGCAUAGUGUCCGUGGGAUUCGAGGCCGGGCUGCUGCAGCCGCCUCCUUCUGGUGCCUUGGCCGCCCUGAUUAAGCGGGGCCGGGGCACGGCCGGUUGACCGGCCCCGGGGAGCCGAGAUCGCUGGAGGCGAAGGCGGGGGCGCACGUCUGGAGAUCUCCCCGGACCGGGAGGAGGCCGAGGGGAUCAUGUCUGGGAGGAACCUCCACCUCUCCACCACCGAACGCGUCAUCAAAGCUGUCCCCUUUCCUCCGACCCAGCGGCUUAGUUUGAAGGAAGUAUUUGAGAAUGGGAAACCUAAAAUUGAUGUUUUGAAAAACCAUUUGGUGAAGGAAGGGCGACUGGAAGAGGAAGUAGCCUUAAAAAUAAUCAAUGAUGGGGCUGCCAUACUGAGACAAGAGAAGACUAUGAUAGAAGUAGAUGCUCCAAUCACUGUAUGUGGUGACAUUCAUGGACAGUUCUUUGACCUGAUGAAGUUGUUUGAAGUUGGAGGAUCACCUAGUAAUACACGCUACCUCUUUCUGGGUGACUACGUGGACAGAGGCUAUUUCAGUAUAGAGUGUGUGCUGUAUUUAUGGAGUUUAAAGAUCAAUCAUCCCAAAACAUUGUUUCUGCUUCGAGGAAAUCAUGAAUGCAGGCAUCUUACAGAAUAUUUUACCUUCAAACAGGAAUGUCGAAUCAAAUAUUCUGAACAGGUGUACGAUGCGUGUAUGGAAACAUUUGACUGUCUUCCUCUUGCUGCCCUCUUAAACCAGCAGUUUCUGUGUGUACAUGGAGGAAUGUCACCUGAAAUUACUUGUUUAGAUGACAUUCGGAAAUUAGACAGGUUUAAAGAACCUCCAGCCUUUGGGCCAGUGUGUGACCUGCUUUGGUCUGAUCCCUCCGAGGAUUAUGGCAAUGAAAAGACCUUGGAACACUAUACCCACAACACUGUCCGAGGGUGCUCUUAUUUUUACAGUUACCCUGCAGUUUGUGAAUUUCUGCAGAACAAUAAUUUGCUCUCAAUAAUCAGAGCCCAUGAAGCCCAAGAUGCCGGGUAUCGAAUGUACAGGAAGAGCCAAAUGACGGGCUUUCCAUCGCUCAUUACAAUUUUCUCUGCACCCAAUUACCUAGAUGUCUAUAACAAUAAAGCUGCUGUGUUAAAAUAUGAAAACAACGUCAUGAAUAUCAGGCAGUUUAACUGUUCUCCACACCCCUACUGGCUUCCAAACUUUAUGGAUGUUUUCACGUGGUCUUUGCCUUUUGUCGGGGAAAAAGUUACAGAGAUGCUGGUUAACAUUCUCAACAUAUGCUCUGAUGAUGAAUUGAUUUCCGAUGAUGAACUUGAAGAUCACUACAUUUCAAGCUUUCAGAAAGGAGGCACUACAGUUCGCAAGGAGAUCAUCAAGAAUAAAAUCAGAGCUAUUGGGAAGAUGGCACGGGUCUUUUCAAUUCUCCGGGAAGAGAGUGAGAGCGUGCUAACUCUCAAGGGCCUGACUCCUACAGGGACACUCCCUUUGGGUGUCCUCUCAGGAGGGAAGCAGACUAUUGAGACAGCCACAGUAGAAGCGGUAGAGGCCCGGGAAGCCAUCAGAGGGUUUUCGCUUCAGCACAGGAUCCGGAGUUUUGAAGAAGCCCGAGGUCUGGACCGAAUUAAUGAGCGGAUGCCACCCCGCAAAGAUAGCCAGUACUUUGAUGGGCCGGCGAAACUGGUCCAAGCCAACGCUGCACACAGGAGCGACAAGGGAAGAAGAGCCAGUCAUGACUCAGAGCCCUGCGGUGGCACUGGUGGAUCCAAGACUUAACAGUCUGUGUUAUUUAUUUAUUAUCGGAAAGCUAAACACAAACAACUUAAACAACUUAAACCUGGAGGUGCAUUCAAAAUACACUCUGCAUUUACUCUGUAAGAAACAUGACCCUUUUAUAAAUUCUUUUAAUUUAUGUUUAAUAUAUAUGUAAAAUGCAUCUGUUUCGUUUUUCCUUUUUUUUCCCCCCCCCUCUAAUUUUUAGGAACUGAUCUGAUUGUCUGACACAUAGUGAAGUCGUGUGUUAUAAAGGGGACUGUCCGCAAAUAAAAGGGCCUUGGAAACCUCUUCCCUGACUUUCGGACUUGAACUAGUCAGCCUUUUCUCUUGUUUUUGGAGGUAGUAUUGUUCAUUUCAGACUAAUCAUUUUGCAAACACAAAAGGGUGUUUUUCUUUUUCCUUUUCUACAGGGUACCACUGAAAAAUAUCUCUUAGAUUUCAGUGGCUGAAACUUCUCUUCUUACGGAAAACUUGAUUAUAGUAGAACUCCUCAGUGAAUAAACCAAACCCAGUGAUUUUAAGGGCCAAGGGAAAUGCUUUCCAUAAUAACCUACUCUCUUCUGGACUCUCAAUUACUCUUAAUGUAUCCUGGUAUGGCAAAAUAAAAAAUAAUGAGGGAUUUUUUUGUAGAAUGACUUAAAAUUUAUUCAUCUAACCAUGAGCAUGAUUGGAUUGAACUUCCCUUAGAAUUUUGGAGAUUUCUUAACUGUUGCCAGAUUCUUUUGCUUUUAUUUUUGACUCCUAGGUAAUUUACCUCCUCUGCAAAGGAAGUGACAUUUCUAAAUAUUUUAUAAAUGCCUCUGUAGAACCGUCGACAGUUAUGCCCUUCCGUGUCACGUCUCUUCUCCCUGUCUUCCGUCUGUUUUUCUGUGUCGACAUUUUUGAAACCAACUGGGGCCCCUGGAGGAGGGCAUGGCAACCCACUCCAGUAUCUUGCCUAGAGAACCCCAUGGGCAGAGGAGCCUAGUGGGGCUACAGUCCAUAGGGUUGCAAAGAGUCAGACACAACUGAAGGGACUUAGCACGUGCACACAGGGUCAUGGAAACUGACUAGGUUAAAACGGUCCCCUUGUGAACUGGAAGUCUUGCUAAAGGGCAUUGGGUGACUGAUGAUCUCCCGUCUAUCAAAUACUGGGAUGUUCCUCCAUUUUUUAGCACUCAUUAGGUUGAACUGUGUAUUAUUAGUCUCUGUCACAUAUUUUAGAAUAUAAAAACAAGUAUUCAGAUAUAAUGUUUGAAUAAUCUUCUGUUAGUUUUUCAGGUCACAACCAACUAGUGAAGAAAGUUUCAGGGAUCCUUAGCCUCCCAUUUUUGGUUUAGCCUGGUUGACAGGUGCCAUGUCGUAAUAACUCAUUGGUCAGCCUUGUAAGGAAUGUACAUGUCUGAGCGACACUGUGCCAAAGUGCAUGUUUGUAGAAUUCCUUAAUGUCAUUUGGGGUGUAGAAGCCCAGUCUUGAAACAUGUAUCCCAGACAGUAGUACUUUAUGUUUGGAGCUUCAAGGACACCAGAAAACAUUUUUCAAAAAAUACAACUUCAGGGAAUUCUCUGGUUGCCCAGUAGUUACAACUCCUCCACACUUUCACUGCUGAGGGCCUGAGGUUCAAUCCUUGGUCAGGACACUAAACUCCCACAAGCCACAUGGUGUGGCUCAAAAAAGAAACAACAGCAAAAAACAAACAAACAUAAUUUCAUAAGGAGAAUGAGGAUUUAGCCCAUCUAUCUCUGUUUUCCUAUACCUUGCUAACAGUCCCCAAUUUGUUUAUGACAGAAAUCAAAGUAUUUUGGAGAUUGGAAUCUGAUGACAUAGAUUGCUCUCUUACCAAACAAGAUAGGAAGGGUAUUGGGAAGAAGAGAAAAGAUCUCUUUUUGGAUUGUAAGUAAAACUGAAAGGAGGGAGAGUCUCCAGUAGCUGUCUUUACUGAUCAUCAUUUCUUUAUAAUCAGAGGAAUUCAUCACCUAGAUAGACUCAUACUCCUCUCUCCCCCAGUCCCAACAGAGAAAGGGCCGCAUUUUGGAAAUCUCAUGAAACGCUGUCAGUUCACAAGUUUAAUGGAUGGGUGUCCCUGAUCCCAUUCUCUUGUCCAUCGAGGCUAUUCUUACACAUACAUGGUUCAUAGGUAGAAACCUUGGGCUUUGUAAGGGCUUCAGUCAAGAGGCAAAUAGGGAAGUAGUUACUUAAUCCUUAUAAGCAAAAAAUUUUAUUAAUUUUUUAAAAAAAGUUACUUAGGAAGGUCUUCAUUUUCUUCUCAAAAUGAAGUAGUAUGAUAAAGCAAUUUUCCUUGACAGAGCCAAGUGAAAAGAUAUAUUUUACAGGUACCCUCUGAGCUGUUGAAGUACCAGCCAAAAGUUAAGUGGUCACAAUUCAAGAAAAUUAGAAGGGGUUUAAAAGAGCAACAGCUCUUAUAGAAAGUUGGGUUUGGAAAUCCUGUUGAAUGCUAGAGGUAAAAGCAUUUCUUAUGUUCUGUGGAAAGCUGGAGUGUGUACUUCAGUGCUUUAGAAAGUUGUGUGGUGAGUGUAACACAGUGUGUGCGUGCUAAGUCACUUCAGUUGUGUCUGACUCUGCACAACAUGGACCGCAUGUAGCCCACCAGCCUUCUCCGCCCAUGGGAUUUCCCAGCUAAGAACACUGGAAUGGGCGGCCAUUAAAACCGGACCACAGUCAGCGUACCUGUGGGGGCAUUUGCACCUGUGAUUCAAGACGGUUUAGAAGAUGUGAGCCUUAGGAAUAUAUUGUGAUAACAGUACUUGUUCUUCCCUUUAGACUUCAUUGGAGGAUUUUAACCUAUUUUUUAGUGUUUUGAUCUAAACAACAGCUCCCAAGAGGGCUGGUGGCCUGCCCUCGGUUUGUCAUAGGACCACCUGGGGCCUCAUCGUUUGCCUGGAGUCAUCAUUUCAAACAAACAGUUUAACGCUGUCAGUGCCCUGCAGUGUCGCCGUUUUGAAAACCUCUUCUGUUUUUACUAAAUCUUUCCUCUGAAUGUUCGCUCUAAAGAUACUAGAAAUACUUUUCUCUUGUUCUCCUUCACUUUGAAGUUCACAGGGACCUUAUUCAGCUCUUCUCAUGGUGGGGGGCAGCAGGGGCCGGGGGCCCUUUCUACAUCAUUUCUCUUUGUGAACUUUUCUGAAAUAACCAUUUUUGAAAUGACACUUCCUAAAGCUCAGUUUUCCCAGUUUUGUUUACCUCCAUGUCAUACAAAAUUUCAGAUUGAUCAGUUGACAAUUCUCAUUAAUCAAAAUUUCAGUACUCAUCUAAUACAAGUUCAAAACAUACAUCCUUUUUUAAUUUCUGUGUCCUGAAUAUUUAGAGCAAAAGCAAAACAAAUAAACUGUGCGUGUGUGACAGAAUGCUAAAACAAAAGCAGCCUGUUUUCUUCAAAACCUUAGGCUAUGGGUAUAGACAUUGCUAAUUCACUGGGCUUUUUUGACUAGAUAUUGACGGGCAAAGCAAAAAUGGCUUAUCACACCAAUGGGCAUGAUGUGCGUUCUUGCCUAAGACAGAAGCAUCAGACUCUCCAGGAGUAUUGGUGUUUUUCAUAUCUUUUAAUCUAUGUUUACAUAGCCUUCUCUGUUCCUACAGAACAGAUACAGUUCCAUGAAACAAGUUUUUCUCAAUAGCAAAGAUUUGCUUUCUUAUCCUGGUAACAGGAUAACUGAUUUCAUGACACUAUUCAAAAUAGGGCUUCCCUGGUGGCUCAGAUGGUAAAGAAUCUGCCUGCAAUGCAGGAUACAUGGAUUUGAUCCCUGGGUUGGGAAGAUCCCCUAGAGAAGGGCAUAGCAACCCCCACUCUAGUAUUCUCGCCUGGGAAGUCCCAAGGACAGAGGAGCCUGGCACGCUUCAGUCCGUGGGGUCGCAAAGAGUCGGACAUGGGUGACUAACACACAUUCAAAAUAGGAAAAGAAAUGUUCUUACUUGUUUUGUAAACAGAAUACAUUAUUUAAUAUCCUUAUGGAGCAAGGGUGGGAUUCCUUAGAGUUGGAUAACUUUGGGCCUUGGCAUUGUCCCUUAGAUCCUCUUCUGAGUAAUUUUAACACACAAAGUUUGACGUGGCUGCUCUCUGUAAGAAAAGUAUUCUAAACCGUGCCUACAUGAGAUACAGCUGGAUUCACUGCUCACGGUCAUUACUCAAGAGUCUCUCUAGCCUCAGAGUAAGUAAGGCUGAAAUCUGUUCCGUCUACUCUCUCUUAUUGUAUGUAAAUAUUGUUGCUGCAUCUCCAGAAUUUUCGAUUAUACCAUACAUAUACAUAUAAAACUCAAGCCCUUGAGACGUAAGUUCAUCCUGACCACUCUGGGUGACCAGUCAGUUAAAAUGGUUUAGAACAAUCUUGUUAUUGGAUUUACUGUUUCAUAGUUUUUCUCUAUAUUAAUUAUCAAGGGUGUUUUUUUCCCUUCUCAUUUUUUAUUGAAAAUUAUUUUCGCACCCAUAAAGACUUGCUGAGAUAUUCUAGAAUCUCUAACAUUUAUCAUAGUUGUUAUAGUAACUGUGGAACCCAAGUGUUUUCAGAGCAUUGUUCAGCUUUCCGUAUCCCGGCAGAAAAGACCAGAGGGAAGGUGAACCCAGAGCCCGGGUUGUGGGAGUGAGGCUCCAAUUUCCUAAAUCAUUUGUGAUUAUAAACAUGGAUUCCAACCUUAACUGGCACCCAGGUCUACAGCUUUUCUGAAAUCUGCUAUACGAGAGAGUAAAGGGCAGGCUAGGGGAACCCAAAAAUAGCUGGAGGAGGGUUUUUAUUACCUGGAAGAUAGCACCGAAGCAUUGGCAUGCCACAGUCCCUCUUCAGCUCUGCUGUGAUCAAAGGCCCCUAGGAGAGUCAUAAGAAGGAGCAGAUGUGUGUAGGGGAAGAAAGUCGUGUAGUUGAAAAACAGGGUUAUUCCUCUUGAGUCCAGCAGAGAACUGUAUUCACAGGAGAGCUCUGUGCCAUUGACAAGAGUCUGAAAGAGGAAGCCUACAUGACUUUGAGACUUGUGACCUGACCUGCCUCUGUCCAGCCAGCCAAAUUGAAUGGGGUCAGAGUUAGCUGCCUUCAUCUAUGGGGUCACAAAGGUAAAGAUGAUCCUGGAGAGUAUAUUCCCUCCAGGGAGGCUGUGACCUCAUGCCCCAACAGCCUUGGCAGGACUUGCUAAAUAACACCUUUGUCCGAGACAGGGUUAUGCAUCUUCUCUCUACACCCUCACGAGCAGUCCAAGUGGCUUAAAAUCAAGAAGGGAGAACAUGGAUGUGGACCAUCCUGCUGAGCAGCCCUAAGGGAGGGCCAUGCACACUGCCUUUUUGUAAGUCUUUGCCCCGAUUCCCUUCACUCCCUUAACAUAGCUGUCUUCAAAUAACUUUCUUUUUUUCCUGCAUGUUAAAGUGAAGUGCAUGUAAUAAGGAGGUGGUCUACUGUAGAUUUUGAUUUGUGGCAACAAAGAUACGAUUUUUGUCUGUCAGAGAAACUUUUUGGAGACACCAUCACAAAUGCCUCACUUUUCCUUUCUCAGUGCGCUGUGACCCAAAGCUGUGUUUCCUAGUAGAGAUGUCAGCUGGCGUUUUUCCGAGAAAGGAUCUGGGCUUUGCUUCCUAAAUGAGACAGUUAGACAUAUGAGACUAGCUGGUGGUGUAAUUUUUUUGAGCCUUUUCUGAAUGAUGGAUUAUUUGCUUGUGCUUAGAGAUUACUGGCUUUUUCUUGCUUUCUGUUAUGUUAAAGCAAAUGGUGGAAAUGUUAUUUAUUAGUAGAAAUCAUUUAAUAAAAUAAGUUUUUUGUGAACAAAAAGUUAAUUUGUUAGAACUUUCUUACCGUAUGUUGGAAGUCAUCUUGGGAAAAAAAGCAGAAAACACUCUUCAGAUUAAAUGAUAAUGUUA